AGUCCUGCCCCUUCUACUAUUGGACCAUCAUGUCCUCUAUUUCCAUCAUCAUCAUUCAUCGUCCCUGAGCUUUCGCUGACGAUGAUCAAGACAGAUUAAAGGAAGCAGCGAAGUGAGUGUCAUUGUCCGCCAUCGACCGCCGGGCUGAUUGCUGGGAACAUGGGGCACGACAGAAAAUCCUUUGGCCAUUUUCAUGAUCCCCGGAGUGUGGAACGACCUCUGACUGAUGAACCCGUUAUUCACAGUCGGAUAUCUUUGAAUAUCUCCAUAUCGCUUCACGCCUUCUGAGCCGUCAGCAUUUACAACAAAUCCAUCUCUUAUCAGACCUGCAGAAGACGUUUUGGACUUUUGGAUAAUAAGUUGGGAUCCACCAACGUUGGAGACAUCUUGGGCAGCUUUGCUGAGGAGGGAUCCUCUCUGCUGGGAGCGUGUUGAUAAAGAGCAUGAGCAUGGCCGGAGCGCAAGACCACGCUGCGGCUUACUUUGCGAGCUCGCCAUCUUCAUCCAUAAACCGAUCGCCCGACACUGCCUCCCUGGUCUAUCCCGACCGAGCCAUCAGGCCUCUUCCCAGGAGUCGAUUGAAGUCGAAAUUGUCCCCCGAACAGGUUUCAACGAUCGUCUAUCCCCUCGAGCCGCCACCGCGAGCACUCACACUCAAUUUCAAUGCCCGUGAGAACGGUAGCACGACCACCUCGCCUGCUCACAUGACCAACGGCGACGCCGCUUCUUACCACAGCCCUCAUCACCAUCACGAGCAUCGCACCGUCCACAGUCAUUGCACCUGCGGCGAGCACGGAGACAGUGGUGACGAAGAGGUGGAGUUUGAUCACCCCGACUUUCGAUAUCCUCCACUUCCUCAAGGCGAUGGUGUACCCGCGAAGUCAGGCGAGUCUCCCCAUCAGCGACUCCUCGCAGCGUCGCGGUCAUCAACCAAACCGCCUCCCCCGGGGUCCGCCGCUUCAUCUGCAGAUGGGUAUGAGAGUUUCGAGAAUACAUCGAAUAAGAAGAAGCGGAAAAUUCCACUCUCGGGCGUGUCGAACUUGCACCAAAGUCAAUUGAGCGCGGAGAUGGCAAACAUGGGCAUCAAUGGGCAUGGUGAUGAGACGGCAGAUGCGAGCAACAGCAACACUCCCGCGGGUGAACAACAGUCUCCACAGCAUUAUAACCAUGCGUCUUCAGGAAGUAUUAGCGCAGGCUCUGGUACUGGUAUCAGCGGCGCUGGUCGUGGCAGAUAUGGAAGACAGGAGGCUCGCGCUCGUCGGCCGCUAGGAAGCAGCACGAUGAAUGCGAUAAAUGGAUACAACCCAAGAGCUCCCUCGCGAGGGAACGAUGACAAACAUGGUCAGGACGGUGAUUACGAAACCACUGGAGGAAUAAUCUCACAAGCCAUCAAAACAGCCGCAGAACAAGGACCGCUCACGCCGGUAGGAAAGGGUAAAGAAAAUAUGAGUCUUCUGCAUGCCACCAAGUUGGUUGAUCAUCAUCCAUCAAAUUCGGCAUACUCUACUGGCAGUCCGACUCCGACGCGCACCGGGCCGCCAGUUGACAAAUCGCAUGGUACACAAACAAUGUCUUCUCGAAACCCAACCCCUCAGUACAACAAUCGGGCACCACCGGCACCUUCGACAGGCGCCAACCCGAAUGGAAAUCAUCAACAGAAUUCAGGUGUCAAUCCUGCGCCGGCACCUAAACCUCGACCUCGUCGGAAUCCCUCGAAGGAGUAUGCGCUGCAGGCACUCAACCGGCAGAAGCAGCAGCAGUAUCAAAAUUGGCACAGUCGAAUAAAGCCGGAAGAUAUGUGGAUUUGCGAAUUCUGCGAAUACGAGGACAUCUAUGGUGUUCCUCCGCUUGCCCUCAUCCGACAGUACGAGAUUAAGGAUCGCCAGGAGCGAAAGAAGGCGGCGGAGAAACGACGACUGCUGGAAAAGGCGAAGAUGAAAGGUCGGAAGAACAAGAAGAGCGGCGCAGCUGGCAAAGUCGGCAAGAAUGGCAGCAAUGGCGUCAACAACGCCGGAGGAAACGGCGGUGGAAACAUCAACUCUCAUCACCAGGACUACGACCCGAAUCUCCACCCUCUCGAACCCGGUGAGGAAUACUACGACGACGAAGACGAGGACGGCGAUGAGCUGGACGACGACGAAGACGACGAAGAUUACGAUGGCGACGAGUACGAACCUGUGCCCGGCGGCGGCAUGGACGAUCAUUAUCCGGAUCCUCGACAUCAGGAGUAUUAUCAUCCGCCGCCGGCCUCACGACUCAGCCAGUCUGCUCCGACGCCGAUGCCGCCGCCGCCUUCUCGCUCGUCUUCCUCCCUUGUUGGAGGAGCGCGUGGUGUGGAGGGCGGACGCGAGCGAAGAGUUUGA